ACACUUACAUGUUUGGUGUUGGUAAGCAGAAAGCGUCCAGUUAAAUGUGCCGUGGUUCUUUAUGAUGUGAUGUUAAAAACUGUUAGACAGGAAGCCACAGCCAUCACAUGAGACGAGCUUGAGUGGCUGACGGUGUCUACACGCACUUCACGAAUAGAGCAUUCAGAGAGAAAUGAGAGGCUUGUACUAUUUUAUUCUUUGGAUAUUUCCAAUUUUCCCCUCCACAAUACAGAAUGUUAUGCCUGUGCCUUGUUAUAAGGUUCCAGAAACCUGUAUGGAGCAAGCUAACGUCCCAUCGUGUAUUGAAGAUGGAAUGAGAACUUGCGUAUCUAAAACCCCUAGGACUCCAAUUCCAAAUUUUUUCUCUAGACCAGUUUCCUCAGAGGAAAUGUUUGAUACAAAAAGAGGAUAUAAAAUCUAUGUCUCUGAAGAAGCAUUAGAGAGGAGCAGCAGUAGACGGGAGAAAACUUAUAAGGAAGUGAAUUUGAUUGUGUCUAUUCUCAACGAGACUCUCUUCAAGAAGGGAAAUGACUCACAUGAGUCAAGCUCAAUAUUGCAUGGGCAAAGUGUGUUAGGAGUUUGGCUUGGUGUGAAAGAAAUUCGCAACCUUUCUCAACCCGUUCAACUCAGAUUCAUAAACAUAACAAAUAAUCAGUAUUUUCACUUCUGUAAAAGUGUGCUUUUAUUAUUACAGAGUGCAAACGGAGUCUGUGUCUACUGGCAUCUUGAUAAAAAUGGCAGAGGUAACUGGAGUACUGAUGGCUGUAAUACUACCAUCGACAGAGGAGACUUUGUGUGCAGUUGUAAUCAUCUGAGCUUUUUUGCAGUGCUCAUUAAUCCUGAAAUUCCUGAAGAGUCCCAUAUUGUCCCUCUCAACUACAUCUCAUACAUCGGCUCUGUCCUUUCAAUAGUAUUUACAGCCCUAAUGAUUGUUAUGUUUCUUUGCAUGAGAAAAAAGCAAUGUGACCAUUCAGCCAUCAUUCAUGUGCAGCUCUCAGGAUCCCUUUUCUUGUUGCACACCUCGUUCUUGUGCAGUGUGUGGUUUUCAGGCCAGAGAGACAUUGAUUCAAUGUGUCAAGCUCUAGGACUUCUUCUACACUGGUGCCUUUUAGCCACCUUCACUUGGACAGCCAUUGAGGGCUUCCACCUGUACCUGCUGCUGGUGCGGGUCUUCAACAUCUACAUCAAGAGAUACUUGCUUAAAUUAAGUCUUGUGGGAUGGGGUGUACCCACCAUUACAGUGAUGAUAUGCGGUGUGACUAAAGUGUAUGGCAAAUAUUACCUUUACAAGGAUAAAGAAGGCUCAACUGUUACACCUCUAUGCUGGAUAAGCACACAGAUAGGGAGCUACAUUACUGUGAAUGGUUACCUCGGGCUGGUGUUGCUCUUUAACAUGGUUAUGCUGGGGGUGGUGCUGAUUAAGAUGCACAAAUUGAGAUCACAAACUCUUCAGAUUAAAGACCAUCAGAGGAGGGCAUGGAAAGAAUGGGUGUCUAUUCUCGGGCUCAGCUGUGUUCUGGGAGUGCCCUGGGUACUGGCUUUCUCCUCCCAUGGCCCCAUGAGUCUCCUUUCGCUCUAUGUUUUCAUCAUUCUCAACAGUUUUCAGGGUGUCUUUGUUUUCGCGUGGUUUUUGACUCUCACAUGUCAAGCACGGAAAGAGGAACACAGCUCAUCAAAAGGCACCAUUCAGGUCAGCUUCAACAGUAAUGAAUAUGUGACUACAAGAUAAUCAACAGCUGUUCGGUCACAUCACGCAGUGGACUUCGAAGGUGGACCCUCCAUUCUACAUCAUAACUUCUUUUUAUUAAUAAUUUAGUCAUUUGGUGUCUGCAGAACCCCGGGGACCACAAUGCAAUCUAAAC